CCAUCACUCUCUCCGCUUACUCGUUCGCUUUACGUUGCCGCAGACACCUCUCUCUCUCUCUCUCUCUCUCUCUCUCUCUCUCUAUCUCUACCUUCGUCUUCUUCCUCGAGCUAGGGUUUCGUCUCCUCUCGACCUCCGAUCCCCGCCUCCCAUGCCGAGGUCGGGUUAUCCGUGCGAGUAACCACUUCAGUAGCAGUAAGUGGUAGCGCUGCUCCUUAAACCCUAGGGUUCUUGAGAAGGAGAGUUGGGCGAGGAGGAUGUCGUCGUCGAGGAGAGGCCCCGAGCCGCCGGGGCCGCGGCGGAUCAUGCGGACGCAAACGGCGGGGAACCUCGGGGAGUCGAUCUUUGAUAGUGAGUUGGUUCCCUCCUCGCUCGUUGAGAUCGCUCCCAUCCUUCGCGUCGCUAACGAGGUCGAAUCGAUCAACCCUCGCGUCGCUUACCUCUGCCGUUUCUAUGCAUUUGAGAAGGCUCACCGACUGGAUCCAACUUCGAGCGGUCGCGGCGUGCGACAGUUUAAAACUGCACUUCUGCAAAGGCUAGAAAGGGAGAAUGAUCCAACUUUGAAGGGAAGGGUUCAACGGAGUGAUGCUAAAGAAAUGAAGACCUUCUACCAGGAUUAUUACAAGAAGUACAUCCAAGCACUUCAAAAUGCUGCUGACAAAGCUGAUCGUGCACAGCUCAUGAAGGCAUAUCAAACUGCUGCUGUCUUGUUUGAGGUUUUAAAAGCGGUUAAUCUAACGCAGUCGCUGGAAGUUGAUCAGUCGAUAUUGGAAACACAUAAUCAAGUAGAGGAAAAGACUAAGAUAUAUGUACCCUACAAUAUCCUACCUCUCGAUCCCGACAGUGCAAAUCAGGCUAUCAUGCGGUAUCCAGAGAUUCAAGCUGCUGUUUAUGCCCUCCGUAAUACCAGAGGUCUACCAUGGCCGAAGGAUCACAAGAGAAAGCCUGACGAAGAUCUUCUCGAUUGGCUUCAGGCUAUGUUUGGAUUUCAGAAGGACAAUGUGUCUAAUCAAAGGGAGCAUCUGAUUUUGUUGCUUGCUAGUGCUCAUAUACGCCAGUUUCCAAAGCCUGACCAACAGCCAAAGUUGGACGACCGCGCUCUAACUGAUGUGAUGAAGAGACUGUUUAAGAAUUAUAAGGAGUGGUGCAAGUACCUGAACCGCAAAAGUAGUCUUUGGUUGCCAACUAUCCAACAGGAAGUACAACAGCGUAAGCUUCUUUAUAUGGGUCUUUAUCUGCUCAUAUGGGGUGAAGCAGCAAACUUGAGGUUCAUGCCAGAGUGUCUUUGCUACAUCUAUCAUCAUAUGGCAUUUGAACUAUAUGGUAUGCUGGCGGGGAAUGUCAGCGCAAUGACUGGUGAAAACAUUAAGCCAGCAUAUGGGGGUGAUGAAGAAGCUUUUCUAAGGAAAGUUGUAACUCCAAUUUACAAUGUUAUAAAAACGGAAACUGACAGGAGCAAAAAAAUCAAGUCAAAGCAUUCACAUUGGAGGAAUUAUGAUGAUUUAAAUGAAUAUUUCUGGUCAGUUGAUUGCUUCCGAUUAGGCUGGCCUAUGAGAGCUGAUGCUGAUUUUUUUGGCCAUCCGCCUGAUACUUCUCAGAAUGUAAAAAAUGGGGAGAACAAACGUGCUCGUACUGAUCGAUGGAUUGGAAAGAUAAAUUUUGUCGAAAUACGCUCAUUUUGGCAUCUUUUCCGAAGUUUUGACAGGAUGUGGAGUUUCCUUAUUCUAUGCUUACAGGCUAUGAUUAUAAUUGCUUGGAAUGGUGGAUCACCUAGUGAUAUCUUUGAUGGUGGAGUGUUUAAGAAGGUUUUGAGCAUAUUUAUAACUGCUGCUAUACUAAAAUUGGGACAAGCCAUCCUUGAUAUAAUUUUGAGUUGGAAAGCAAGAAGAAGUAUGUCCCUAGCAGUUAAGCUGCGAUUUAUUUUGAAGUUGAUAUCAGCUGCUGCGUGGGUGGUAGUUCUACCUGUAACUUAUGCCUACACAUGGGAGAAUCCUACUGGUCUAGCCAAGACAAUCAAAGGUUGGCUGGGUGAUGGUCAGAAUCAGCCGUCACUUUACAUCUUGGCCGUGGUCAUAUAUUUAUCGCCAAAUAUUCUUUCUGCUUUGUUGUUUCUUUUUCCACUCCUAAGGCGAAUUCUUGAGAGAUCAAACCUUAAGAUCGUAACAUUCAUGAUGUGGUGGUCUCAGCCUCGAUUGUAUGUCGGAAGGGGUAUGCAUGAGGGCGCAUUCUCCCUUUUCAAGUAUACUAUGUUCUGGGUUCUUCUUUUAGCGACGAAGUUGGCAUUUAGUUUCUACAUUGAGAUAAAGCCUCUUGUAAAACCAACAAAAGAUAUCAUGAGAGAACCUAUUACAUCUUUUCAGUGGCACGAAUUCUUCCCACAUGCAAAUAACAAUAUUGGUGUUGUGAUUGCACUUUGGGCUCCAAUUGUUCUUGUAUACUUCAUGGAUACUCAGAUUUGGUAUGCAAUUUUCUCAACUUUAGUUGGUGGUAUUUAUGGUGCUCUCCGUCGCCUUGGAGAGAUCCGCACUCUAGGAAUGCUAAGAUCUCGAUUUCAAUCAUUGCCUGGUGCUUUCAAUGCGCGCUUGGUUCCAGUUGAGAAGUCUGAUAACAAAAGGAAAGGGUUACGGGCUUCUUUAUCAAGCAAAUUUGCUGAGACGCCUGCUAGUGACAACGAGAAGGCAGCAGCAAGGUUUGCUCAAAUUUGGAACAAGAUAAUCACCAGUUUUCGGGAAGAGGACUUGAUAACCAACAACGAAAUGGAACUGUUGCUUGUUCCCUACUCAAAAGAUCGUGACUUGGACCUUUUCCAGUGGCCUCCUUUCCUGCUUGCAAGCAAGAUUCCAAUAGCAUUGGAUAUGGCAGCAGACAGUGAUGGAAAAGAUCGUGAACUGAAGAAGAGAGUUUAUUCAGAUCCUUAUAUGCUCUCUGCUGUUAGGGAGUGCUACGCAUCUUUUAAGAACAUUAUAAAUAGUUUAGUUGUUGGUCGGCGUGAAAAAGAGGUCAUAAGAAAAAUUUUUGAUGCAGUGGAUGGGCACAUUGGGAAUGAUACAUUGAUAAAGGGCUUGAACAUGAGGUUCCUCCCCGAUCUAUAUAACAAGUUUGUUGAAUUGAUUGAUCUACUGAAGAAAAAUAAGGAGGAAGACUUAGAUAAGGUUAUUAUUCUUUUCCAAGACAUGCUUGAGGUGGUCACAAGGGAUAUAAUGGACGAACAUAUAAUGGACGAACAACUCUCUGGUCUUUUGGAUUCCAUCCAUGGUGGAGCUUCUAAAAUGCAUGAGGGUAUAACGCCACUCGAUCAACAGGAUCAGUUGUUCACCCGAGCCCUUAAGUUUCCUGUUGAAGAAUCUGAUGCAUGGACCGAGAAGAUCAAGAGACUUUAUCUGUUGCUCACUGUGAAGGAAUCUGCGAUGGAUGUUCCUACGAACCUUGAUGCUAGAAGGCGUAUAUCUUUCUUUUCCAAUUCUUUGUUUAUGGAUAUGCCCAAUGCUCCUAAAGUCCGUAAUAUGCUAUCAUUCUCUGUCUUGACACCCUACUACAAGGAAGAUGUUAUUUUCUCUUUAGAAGGUCUAAAGGCGGAAAAUGAAGACGGAGUUUCCAUCCUUUUCUACUUGCAAAAAAUAUAUCCAGAUGAAUGGAAAAACUUUCUUGAGCGAGUAGGGUGCACUACGGAGGAACAGCUUCGUGAAAAUCCUGAGUUGGAAGAGGAGCUUCGUCUUUGGGCGUCAUAUAGGGGUCAGACUUUAACUAGAACAGUCAGAGGAAUGAUGUACUAUCGAAAAGCUUUGGAACUUCAGGCUUUUCUUGAUAUGGCCAAAGAUGAAGAUCUUAUGGAAGGUUACAGAGCAGCUGAGGAUAAUGUUGGAAGAUCUUUAUGGGCUCAAUGCCAGGCUGUAGCUGAUAUGAAGUUCACAUAUGUUGUCUCUUGCCAAAACUAUGGAAUUCAGAAACGUUCAGGAGAUCAUCGUGCACAGGAUAUUCUAAGACUCAUGACAACAUAUCCAUCUCUUCGUGUCGCUUAUGUUGAUGAGGUAGAAGAGACUAGCAAAGAUAGGUCUAAAAAGAUUGAGAAGGUUUAUUACUCUGCACUGGUAAAGGCGGCGGCUUCGACUAAAACUGAUGAAUCUUCAGAGACAGUACAAAAUCUUGACCAGGUAAUUUACCGGAUAAAGCUUCCUGGCUAUCCCAUAUUAGGUGAAGGGAAGCCUGAAAACCAAAAUCAUGCUAUUAUUUUCACGCGAGGUGAAGGCUUGCAGGCUAUAGAUAUGAACCAGGAGCACUACAUGGAGGAGGCAUUCAAGAUGAGAAAUCUGUUGCAAGAAUUCCUGAAGAAGCACGAUGGUGUGAGAUAUCCCUCAAUACUUGGAGUUAGGGAACAUAUAUUUACUGGAAGUGUUUCUUCUCUUGCAUGGUUUAUGUCAAAUCAGGAGACCAGUUUUGUGACUAUUGGGCAACGUGUACUUGCCAACCCAUUGAGGGUUCGGUUCCAUUAUGGUCAUCCUGAUGUCUUCGACCGGCUUUUCCACCUAACGAGGGGUGGUAUAAGCAAGGCGUCCAAAAUUAUCAAUUUGAGUGAGGACAUAUUUGCAGGUUUCAAUUCGACGCUGCGUGAAGGCAAUGUUACUCAUCAUGAAUACAUGCAAGUUGGCAAGGGAAGAGAUGUGGGUCUUAAUCAAAUCUCUCUAUUCGAGGCGAAGAUAGCAAAUGGUAACGGGGAACAAACAUUAAGUCGUGACAUCUACAGGCUCGGACACCGUUUUGAUUUCUUUAGAAUGCUGUCAUGUUACUUCACUACAGUAGGCUUCUACUUCAGUACAAUGAUAACUGUCUUGAUAGUGUAUGUAUUCCUGUAUGGACGCCUGUAUCUUGUUCUCAGUGGUCUUGAUGCAGCACUAUCAACCGGAAAAAGAUUCAUUCACAAUGAGCCUCUUCAGGUUGCUCUAGUUUCUCAGUCCUUUGUGCAGCUAGGCUUCUUGAUGGCACUUCCUAUGAUGAUGGAAAUUGGUCUGGAGAACGGGUUCCGAACUGCGUUGAGUGAAUUCAUUCUUAUGCAACUACAACUCGCUUCAGUAUUCUUUACGUUCUCUCUAGGGACUAAGACACAUUAUUAUGGAAGGACGUUGCUCCAUGGAGGUGCCGAAUAUAGAGCUACAGGUCGUGGAUUUGUGGUGUUCCACGCCAAGUUUGCCGACAAUUAUCGUUUGUAUUCUCGCAGUCAUUUUGUUAAGGGUAUUGAGCUGAUGAUUCUGCUUAUUGUGUACGAAAUCUUUGGUCAGUCAUAUAGAGGUGCUGUUGCAUACAUCUUUAUUACUGUGUCUAUGUGGUUUAUGGUCGGCACCUGGCUUUUUGCUCCUUUUCUCUUUAACCCUUCGGGUUUUGAAUGGCAAAAGAUUGUCGAUGAUUGGACUGAUUGGCAUAAGUGGAUCAGCAACCGUGGGGGCAUCGGUGUGCUUCCAGAGAAGAGUUGGGAAUCGUGGUGGGAGAUGGAGCACGAACAUCUUAGGCAUUCUGGGAAGCGUGGGAUUGUUGUUGAAAUACUACUUGCAUUACGCUUCUUUAUAUAUCAAUAUGGGCUCGUGUAUCAUUUGAAUAUAACUAAGAGGUUCAAGACCCAGAGUGUGCUGGUCUAUUGUGUAUCGUGGCUUGUGAUCUUGGUGAUAUUGCUUGUCAUGAAGGUGGUGUCUGUUGGUCGGCUAAAAUUCAGUGCCCAUUAUCAGCUUGUUUUCCGGCUAAUAAAGGGCCUUCUCUUUGUAACUUUCAUUUCCAUACUUGUAGUCCUCAUAGCAUUUGCUCACAUGACUGUUCAAGACAUAUUUGUCUGCUGCCUUGCUUUCUUGCCAACCGGAUGGGGGAUGCUUCAGAUUGCACAAGCUUGUAAGCCUCUCGUUGUAAGGGCUAAGAUAUGGCAAUCCGUGAAGGCACUAGCUCGGGGCUACGAAAUCAUAAUGGGCCUUCUCCUGUUCACUCCGAUCGCCUUCUUGGCCUGGUUCCCGUUUGUUUCCGAGUUCCAGACAAGGAUGCUUUUCAAUCAAGCCUUCAGCAGAGGCCUGCAAAUUUCCCGUAUUCUCGGGGGCCAGAAGAAAGACCGCUCGAACAGCAACCACAAGGAGUAAAUCGGCGUCUUUCCCCAUUCCCAUUCCCCCUGAUUUUAUUUUGUGCCUGUGUCAGGACAUUAAACCGUUAUGCGGCCUAUUUGUAUAUAUGCUAAAUCAUUGCUAGUUCCGAUAUUUCUAUUGUUGUUGUAUGAACUACUAGUUCUAUAUUUUUCCUAGAGGCUGCCUAAUUGUAUUAUCUGCUCUAUUAUCUGUGCAUGAUUGUUAAUUAGUUCCCUUGUUUUGGGGGUCUUUACCUCAUAUGAAGUGAGCAAUCUAGUAGCUUAUUAGGGCUAAAUCUUUUAGUAAGCAAUGUGUAAUUUAUCGUAAUUUGGGUUGAAUCGUUUUUGAAGGCAUGUAACACAAAACAAUCCUGCAUUUGUCUCUUCAUGAAGAUCACUUGUACAUUGCGGGUAAAUUUUGUUCCUCAAAUAAGGAUUUGUGUUGGGGUUGUGGACGAGGUCCUUUUUUUUUUUGGCUGGUCGUGGUAUUCUACAUUGAGAUAUGUAUACUCUUUUCUUUUUGGUUUUUUUCUGUAACAAGUAUAUGUAAUCCGACGGGGAUGACGAUGGCGUUGUUUGUGAAAAUGCAAGGAUUGUGUUUUUCUUUUAUUCUUGUAA